UUAAAGGUGGACAUCUCCGCACUUCUCCAUUUUCAGAUGUCCCGUUGAACUGUGUCUCCUUCUGAAAAAAUAAAGCAGAAGUUGUUAUUCUUUGGAAUUGGGAUUGCGUGAGAGAGAAAAUGGAAGAAUUGUUGGAGUUUUUGAUGGAUAAGUGUAGCAAGGGAUUAGAAGAAGCAAAGGAGAAAUGCGUCGAUCCCUCUCUGAAACAUGAAUUAGAAAGUAUUCAAGACGUUUUGGGUUUGCCGAAACCGGAGAACAGAUCCACACCGCUCAAAUUGAAGGAUGAACGCGUAAUGAAGGAUAAACUCUACGACCUCAUCUCCACGCUCACUGACAUCACCGUAUCCCACACCCACAACCGCCCUGUCCGAAUUAUCUGCUCUCCGCUUCAGAUCCGUUCUCGCCGCAAUACCCAGAAGAGACAUCUCGGGCUAAUUAAGGCCGCCCUCCAGGAUCAGCUGGGUCAAGGUCAAGGACCCACCGACGGCUCACCCGAUAGCAAGGAAGAAGAUGGCCGAUUGGGUACCCGCUUCACAUGCUGGAUCAGUAAGAUUUUGACCGUCCCAAAAGGAACCAAGAACAACUCACCGAAUCAAAAGGGAGCAAAUGGUGCAGGGUCAGCGGCCCCCGGUGAAGGAACCAAGGACCCCUCAUCUAAUGAAAAGAAAGUCGAAUGUUCUGUCUCAGAGACUUUGCCAGAAAUUAAACUAGAUAAAAUUCUGGGCUUCGACGAUAAGCGGGAAAAGAUUGAAGACUGCCUUAAUGUCCGAAAUAGAGGAGGCCACAUUGAAAUUGGGAUUGUUGGGAUGUGUGGUACCGGUAAAACUACUCUCGCACAAUUGGUUUACGAGAAAGUGGUUGGAGAGUUUAAACACGGAAUUUGGGUCAACUUGCCCCAUAAUUUGAAAUCAAAUGAUGACAAAUACUUUGAGCAGAUUUUGAGUGAAAUUUUGAGUGAAAUUUUGAAGCAGUGUCGCGAAGACAAAGUUGAUCCGAAGAAUAAUUUCAAGCAGUGUGGCGAAGACAAAGUUGAUCCGAAGUAUAAUUUCAAGCAGUGUGGCGAAGACAAAGUUGAUCCGGCCCAGUAUAAAAAACAGCAGCUGUUGCGCAUUAUUCGCAACCGUCUGCUGGGGAAGAGCUACUUGCUUGUUCUGGAUGGCGUGUGGGAUGCAGACAUGGAUUGGUAUUUCGAGUUAGGCAAGGCAUUGGACUGGCACUACAAGGAUGGUGAUUUUGGCAAUGAUGGGAGUAAGAGUGCCGUCAUCAUCACCACUAGACUGGAGGAGCCGGCAAAAACAAUGGUGGGAAUUUCUCCUUCUGCUUUGCACCAUAUCCACCCGGAAGACUUCAGUAAGGAUACUUGUUGGUCCAUAUUCAUUAAUCAAGUUAAGCGAGAGAUUGGAGAGAUUGAAGAGGAUAAUGCGAUCUUGCUAGAAUUGGAGAAUGAUACUAAAUUGAGCAAUGAUAUUAAGGAGCAGUGUGAUGGCCUCCCAUUAGCCGCAGUGACAUUGGCAAAAAUCACUCCCAAGCUAAUCUCCCAGCAAAAGGAGGAGGGUGCAGCAGCCCAGCCAGGGUCUUCUGUGGAGGUCCCCGCAUGAGCGUUUGGCUUUCUUCCCCAAAUCCGUUUACCUCUGUUUUUGUUGUUGUUUCUUUUUGGUUUUUUUUCCUUCCCAGUCAAGGUCAUCUGGAGAACAUAGAAUUCCACCAUAAACUCUCUUAAAAUUGUCUCAUCAGCCUGUGCAAGUAGUGGCGCAGAAGCUUCCAUAAGGCAUGGAGUGGAAAAGAAUAUGAACCGAUAAAUUAAUUUUGGAUAAUUUUAUUUAAUAUUAUCAAGUAAAAAGAUAUUUUAGGAAAUAA